CUUCUUACUGCCUACCUUCCAUAAGCUAUCUUUUAUCCUUCCAACAUCACGACAAUAACCUUGAAAUCCUAUUCUUGACGCAAAUCCUCAUGGCCGGCUACGACGAUUUGCUUUCUCGCAGAGCUUGAGGUCCCUAUCCCCCCUCAUCAUUUGCGCCGUCCAGAUGGUAUUGCGUCUUGGCCGUGUCCAACCAUCCGUCGCGCUUGGAUGACAGGCGACUCAAUUCGCGCCGUCGUCAUUAUCUCCAACCUGCGCCAAACUAGCACCAAAACCCCCCAGCUGCUUCGAAAAUUUAGCUUGUGAUCCGACCGACCGCGAUACGAUAUUGUACCACUCAACCUCGCCUCGACAUACACGACCCAGCGAGUCGUCAUGACGGUCGCCGAUGCGGUCAUCGCUGCCGAGCCAGCGGCACGACCGGGCGACGAUGGAAAGGACCUGCAGAACUGGUCUUCCCUCAUCGGCAUCAUCACCGCCAUCGUCGGCAACGUCCUUAUCGCACUCGCCCUCAACGUCCAGCGAUACGCCCACCUUCGACUUCACCGUGAACGCAUCCGGGUCCGACGUAGGGCGAAAGAGGCUCUGAAGCAUGCGCCGAGCGGAGGCCAGACGGGGCCAUAUGGAUCCGUUGGCGGAGGUGGAAGAGGAGGAAUCACAGAUGGAGACUUACCAGAGAACGUGCAGAAUACGGACCACGAUGCCGGCGAAUCCGAGCCUCUGAGAAGAUCAUUCCGAUCCGAAGAGUCCGCUGGCUCCGACUACUCCGGCGACGAGGAAAAGGCCCCUUCGACGUAUCUCCAGUCGCCGUACUGGUGGGCGGGUCAGAUCCUGAUUACAUUGGGCGAGCUGGGCAACUUUUUGGCGUACGGCUUCGCGCCCGCUUCCAUUGUCUCGCCCCUGGGCGUCGUCGCCCUGAUUUCCAACUGCAUUAUUGCGCCGAUACUAUUCAAUGAGAAGUUCAGGCGGCGCGACUUUGGUGGUGUCGUCAUCGCCGUGGCGGGAGUAGUCGUUGUAGUUUUGAGUGCCAAGCAGGAGGAGACAAAGCUCGACCCCGACGAUGUGUGGGACGCGAUUACGACUUUGGCAUUCGAAAUAUACUUGGCGGUAACGAUUUCGUUGAUUGUCAUCCUAAUGUGGGCGAGCCCGAGGUAUGGCCACCGGACUAUCCUGAUUGAUCUGGGCCUCGUGGGAUUAUUUGGCGGCUUCACGGCUCUUUCGACCAAGGGCUUGUCUUCAAUAUUAUCGACGACUCUCCUGGCUGCGUUCAAGACUCCCGUGGCAUGGGCACUAAUCUUCAUUCUACUCUUCACGGCAGUGAUGCAGGUGCGCUACGUCAACAAGUCACUGCAGAGAUUCAGCUCGACCCAAGUCAUCCCCAUCCAGUUCGUCCUCUUCACUCUCAGCGUCAUCAUUGGCAGCGCCGUGCUCUACCGCGACUUUGAGAGAACCUCGGCUGAGCAAGCUGGGAAAUUCGUUGGAGGCUGCUUGCUUACCUUCUUCGGCGUCUUCCUCAUUACUAGUGGUAGAGUUGAGGAAGACAUGGAUGAUGGCAUGUCUGACGUGGAUGGCGUAGAGGAAACGAUCGGUCUGGCUGAGCAAGACGGCUACAGCCCGACACAACCGCUCGCGCCCUCUUCCACCUCCAUUCCCUCGUCAAUCUCACGCCGGUCGUCUCGAGCCUCAAACGGAAACAACGUAAACAACGGGUCAAAGCCGUUCAGUUUACAGCGUGACUCCGGCAUUCCAACCCUUCGCGUUCCUACAGCGGCUUCGGCGGGAAACAUUACGGGCGCCGAGUCAGAACCGCUAUUAGCCAACCCCUGGAGCAACUCGGCGACAGAAGAGAUCCUUCCCCCGCCAGGCGUCAGGACCAUAUCAGACGAGUCAAUACAUACCUUCCCCGGCUUCGGCUUCUCACCGUCAGAGCCGACAACGCCUUACUACGAUGGCCAGAUCCAACCUAGAUAUCCUACAAACCCAACAGACAGACCUGUUACACCACGCACAUCACUACCGCCCCGACCUCACAGCCACAACUACCCAGGGCCCCUCUUCUCCCCCUCCCCCCUCUCCUCUACCGUGAGUGCCGUCGUCAAGGACACUCUUCUCAGGAACGCAGAGAGUCCGCUCCUGCGUAGGCCGUCGGUGCGUCGGCUGCGUUCCAGCAUCAGAGCAAGCCUUUUCAUGCCCGAGGACAACGGCGAGGGCGCAGACGUGGACGCCGAGAGGCAAAAUUUAGUAAGCAGAGGAGACGAUCAAGACGGUGGCGUUGCGGAGCGCAGUCGCACGGCGGGCGAGGGCGCUUCUCGUGAACAAGUCACUGGAAGGCAGCGGAGCCUAAGCGAUACCCUGGGCGACUUUUUCAGGGUAAAGAAGAAGAGGAGGGACGGCGGUACAGAUCCGGAAGAGGAGGUAUGAGAAAGAGCAAGAGUGGACUUGGAUUGCCGCCGAUGUUUGGGGUUCAAAUGGGAUUUUGGAAGGGAGGCGUCAUCAUUGUUUUUUCCCGCCAAGCAUUGCAUAUCGGCGUUCCUGGUAGAGAGAAAGUUUGCAAUUCGGAAUACUGCGUGUGGUGGUGUCACACUCACAUCACACCUGUCCAUCAUUUUUAAAGGCGCGUGUGGAAGGAAUUGGGUUUCUUCUUGACGUGUAGGUAUAUGGAC